AUGGAAGUAGAAUUAUUAUCAGGAUUAUCUCGUGAUUUAAGUUGGCUUCUUGAAGAUUCCAACGAUCAUAACAUUUUAAUACACACUGGAGAAAUUCCAAACACCAAAACUUUCAAAGCUCAUACAAAUAUUCUUAGAUCUAGAUCUUUAUAUUUUAGAGCUGUGUUGUCUAGUAAACUCUUUAUUCAAAGUAAUCCUGUUAUUGAUACUGAAUGGAAUCAAACAAAUAUUUCACCCGAGAUAUUUGAAGUUAUGUUAAAUGGUGAAAUAAAUGUAGGAACAUUUGAUACUCAAAAACUUUUGGAUUUUCUUUUAGCCGCUGACAUUUUAUGGCUUUAUGAACUUUUAGAUAAUCUUCAAGAUUAUUUAGUUCAAAAUCGUCAAAAAUGGAUUCAAAAUAAUUUUGUUCGUGUUUACUCAAUGCUUUAUUCCCGUCCCACCACUUUUAAAAAACUUCAACUUUAUCUUAAAUCUAUCUUAUCUACUCAACCUUCUAUCUUAUUUGAUUCUCCUCAAUAUAGUACUUUAACUUUAGAUAUGAUGAUUUCGUUACUUAAAAAAGAUUAUUUAGUAAUGGAAGAAAGCGAAAUUUGGAUUAAAAUAUUAAAUUGGGGAAUUAAACAAAAUUCGGAAAUGACAAAAAAAAGUCGACAUACAAAUAUUUUAUUGAUAAUUGAAGAAAUGAAUAAUAACGAUUUCAUGAAUUUACAAAAAACUUUAUUUAAAUUAUUUCCAUUAAUUAAAUUUAAAAAUAUGAGUUAUAAUGAUUUUAUAGAAAAAGUUCAACCUUUUAAACCAAUUUUACCGUAA